AUGGCUAUAUCUGUUGUGAAGACGGAGGAUAUUAGUUCUGUGUCUGUGAGAGGAGAUGCUAGUCAAUCUCCAGAGGAAGUGGAAGAGUCGUUGAGACUAAUUGAGGAUCUGAAGUUUUUUUUAGCGACUGCCCCAGCGAAUUGGCAAGAGAACCAGGUUAUUAGACGGUAUUAUUUGAGCAACGACGAAGGGUUCGUUUCGUGUGUGUUUUGGAACAAUUUGUAUUAUAUUACUGGGACAGAUAUUGUGAGAUGCUGUGCUUACAGGAUGCAAAAGUUUGGACGGGAGAUUGUGGAGAGGAAGAAGUUUGAGGAAGGGAUCUUUUCAGAUCUGCGGAAUUUGAAGUGUGGGAUCGACGCGACUCUUGAGAAACCGAAGUCGGACUUUUUGAAGUUUCUGUACAAGAACAUGUGUUUGAAGACGCAGAAGAAACAGAAGGUUUUCUUUUGGUUUAGCGUGCCCCACGAUAGAUUGUUUGCAGAUGCUCUGGAAAGAGACUUGAAAAGAGUGGCUAGUGGCGGGCAGCCUACCACUAAGGCCGUUGCUGAACCGGCUCUGUCGUUUAAAUGGGAAGCGAACUCGGAUGUUUCCCUCUACGACCAAAUCACUCAUCAUGUAGACUCGCAGAGAAUUGAAUCACGGCCCGUAUCUGCUGAAGAAGAAGGGCAGCAACAGCAGCAAUCACAAACACAAUCACAUUCACAAUCACAGGCAAAUCAACAACUACACAACAAACAACAACUACAACACGUGGCAGAUACUCCGGUUAGUGCUGCUAAGGAAAUCGAGCCCUAUGAACUGGGUUCUGUUCAAGAAGAAGAAGCAGAAGUAGCAAUAGUAGAUAACGACAAACUACCGUACGGGCUGCCGUCUGGGCAAGAAGUAGAACAAACUAAUUACGAACCUCAACAGUUGGUAGUGCCUCAUUCUGAACAUGGAGAUGAGGUGCCAGCUGAGUUCGAUGAGCUCAAUGACGAUCUCAAACCAAGUGACAUUCUGGCGUCUAACCAGGAGGAAGACGAUUUCCCUCUGGAUUACUUCCCAGUGGAGAUAGAAUAUUCCCAAACCAGUAUGGACAGCUCGUUGCAUGUCAUGCCUCAGGGUUCUAAAAUGUCUACCCAAAUGAUGUUCUAUGAAGACAUGGACGGAAUGAUGGCCGGACCGAAAUAUCCAAUAUCAGCUGGUCUAUAUGAGGAUCCAUUCUUCCGUGAUGAGAUGGCAGUUCCAGUUCCAGUUCCAAACUCUGCAAAAUACAUGAUGCCCCCACCAAUGUCGGCGUCUCGCUCACAAUUCAUGACUAACGGCGAAUACUAUUCCAAGAGCAAAGAGAACAAGAAACCUGUGGCAGCGGCAUCAUCUUUAAACUCCAACAACAAGACACAAACACCAGAGCUUAAAAGAAGUGGCGAUGAAGACAUAAACUCUCCUACGUCGGAAAAUGAUGCGCCUGAGGAAGAAAAUGAUACCUCAGAGCAAUCGCAAGAACAAGAUUCUUCCCAUCGCAUGUAUCAGACAGAAACUCCCAGUAACGAGGAAUAUCUGUCCGCACCCUAUAAUAACAGGAGGAUGCAGGUUAAUGAAUCGAUGGUGCAUCCAUAUACAGGGAUGCUGUUAAAUCCUUAUAUGUUCUACAACAUGCUCGCGGUAGAUCCUGCAAUGACCAUGGGUGUUAACCCAAUGACCGAUCCCUUUUACGGGCAAGCUCAGGCGCAUAACAUGGAUGUCGUCCAUGAUAUGUAUCCACCCCAAGAAGUGGUGUAUCCGUCGAACUACAGGACAACGCCCAAGGCAGCAUACUUCAACAUGAGAUCCCCAUAUGGCAGAAAUUUCCCUCCACCUUCUGCAAUGAAUCCUUACUAUACACCAUACCAUAGAAGACAGCCAUCUUCUGGAACAAGAAGGUAUUUCAACAAGGCUGCCAUAAUCAACAAGAAAAUGAAAUCACCCCCAAGAAAGGGAAUGGUUUCCAAACCAACUCAGAAGUCAAUGAAAGUCAACAAUGGGGGGAAGGCUGAGGGAGCUAAGAGUGCGAGUAUGAUUAAUAAAGACUCAGAUAAUGCCUAUGUUGAAUUCCGGGAAGAGGCAGCAAAGGACUACUCUAAUGACAAUAUGAAAUAG